UAAACUCGGCUGUCUUUCCUGGGAAAACUGAGGGGGCGUCUUUCCAUGCUUUGUUGACUGUUAAAUGCGCAUGAGCUCUUGUGUCUCUUGUUUAUGCAUUUCAUAGCUGUUUUCGCCAGUGGCCUUUGCUUUACGUAGCUGGUGCUAUUGGCAUCGGUUGGAUAGCAUCUAUUUCUGGCUGUUUCAAAUCGCCUGCGUGUCAACACCAUCGGACGCUAAACUAAGGUUUUUUGAACAGAAGUGUGAAAGGGAGCGAAAUGACAAGCUUUUUUAAAGGGUAUCAAUACUAUGAUACUAAGGAUGGUGAAGACUGCCACAAGAAGAUCUGGUUUAUGACUAAAACAGCACUUGUGUUCAGUGCCUGGGCAGCUCCCAGCUACUGUGCGCUGGUGACCAAGCCGGUGGGCGCCUGGCAGACGGCGCACGGCCUCGGCUACAUCACCAUCCCAAUGGUGACGUCAGCAGCGACGUUCGCCGCCACGGCCUGCGCGCUCACCAACCUGCGCGGCAAGGACGACCUGCUCAACCCCAUGGCAGGUGGCUUUGCGGCUGGCAGCAUCUUCGGCGCCUGGAAGCACUGCAUGUGGACCGGCGCCCGGUGGGGCGGCAUUUUCGCGGUCACUGCCUUCUUCUUCAAGGCGGCGGAGCAGGACAAGUGGUACUGGUGGGAGAGCCCCAACUUCCCUCAGAAGGGCACGGUGGCCAUGUGGAAGCACGACUGGACCCUGCGAAAGGACCCCACCAAGACGGAGUCGCAGUAGAGAACGGCGCCGCGUUGCUGGUGCGGCCCUGUGCAAUGGCCCUGGCGGCUGUAAAUAGCGAGUGUGAAAUACAGACGGGUGUGACUUA